AUGGACAUGGAGCUGAGAUUCACCAGACUCAUGGGAGAUCUGACAGAUCUCGGGAAGGAACUGACUGAGAAAGAAAGGAAUCUGAAGAUCCUUCGUGGCCUGCCAAAAUCUUGGGAAAUGAAGGUCAUUGCAAUGAGGGACAAUCGAGACAUGAAAACAACGAGCACGACCAAGAUCUUUAGUGAUCUCAAAGCAUAUGAGUUCGAACAUGAACCGAAACUGAAAAGGUUCAUGAGGAAGAACAACUUUCAAGAUUCUCACCGUUCGGGUCACCGAAAGCAACACGAAAGUUCUCUUCAAACCUCAAAGGCAGAAACCACGGACUCGCAAUUGUUGUGCUACAAUUGUCGAAAACCAGGGCACUUCAAGGCCAAUUGUCCUCAUCCAAUAGUGAGCAAGCAUCAAGAUAGCAACACUACUAAAAGCCCAUCCAAGGAGACUGGAGAAAGAUACAAAAGAAAUGACAAGCCAGAAUCAUCAGGCUCCAGAAACGAGAGAAGAAGGAAGGCAAUGGUAGUGAACGAAACCUCUGACACAGUUGUGGCCGAAAGUAGCUCCUCAAGCUCGAGUUCAGAUGAUGAAAGUGCUGAAGAAGAAAAAGGACUACUAUGCCUGUUCAGCCAGGAAUCAGAAGAUCUAUGUCUUAUGGCUGACGAAGAUGAGGUAAACUCUCAUUCAUCUUCCUGCUAUUCAGCUGAGUCAAGUUCUGUAGGGAGUCAAACCUCCAAUGAAUCAGUUACCGAAAUGAUGAGGAGGUUCAAAGUAAUCAAUAGCACAUACUCCAAACUUAAGGAGGAGAACUCUCGGCUCAUGAUUAGCUACAAUGCUCUAAGGCAAGUUCGAAUUGAGAACAUCAUGCUAGCCAUUGCUAAGGAGCAACUUGAGAAAAAUGUUCUCGCUCUGAAGGAGCAUUGCACAGCAAGAGAAAAGAGAGAGCAAGAACUGCUUGAAGUCUUGGACAAAUUCAAUAACUCAUCCAAUCUAAUGGAUCGAAUGAUGAAUGACUCCAGACUGCCCGGGGAAAGAACGAGAAUUGGCUUUCAAGCUGCAUUUGUUCAAGGUCCAACCCAGGUGUCUGAGCCAAUGACAAAAGGUAACAACGAUGCCAUACCACAAUCAACAAGCUUACCGAAAGGAAAGGCUGUCCAACGUAUUGUGGAUCCUCGAAAUGAAAAAUCUUACAAAGGCAAUCCUAGACAAAAAUAUGUCAAAAGGAGUGGACCAAAUGGAAAUAGACAGAAUCUACACCAUAAGAAAGGUCAGCCUGCUAAGAAUAUUCAAUCAAGGAAAGGGUCGAAUGUUGACCAGAGGCAAUAUCGUCCUAAAACAACACGAGAGAAUCCUGAUCAAGGAAACCCGAAAAAUGGAUGA